ACAGACAAGACUCGUCACCUACAACAGAAAUAGACCGCUUUGUGCCUUUCUUUACUCACCACUGGGGUGCCCAGGAGACGCUUCAUUGUGAACACCACAUGACUGAAAAGACAAUAUAAUGAAAUGAACAAAAAGGAUCAGCUAAAGUGUAAGAAGCCCGUGCGUCAGCAGCCCCAAGGAGGAGUCUGUGCUGCAGGUUCCAUCCACAUAUCUGGCAAAACAUUCUCAGAACUCUAAACUACAACGAACCACGUCUCCGCUGCCAGCACAGACCACGGCAGGAACUGUUUCCGAGCACUGAGUCUUUCCCCCGCAGCUCUCCGCAAUCCAUCGUCAUGGCCGCGGCACCUCUCUCACACCUGAUCUGAGGCCACACUCUGCUGGUUUGUCCACUAUGAUGCUGUGUCGUCUUCUACAUUACCCGAGUGUCCUAAAUCACAGGCUAAACACUACUUUCAAGCCAAAUGUGAACACAGCAUAUGCCAGAAUCACGGCAGUGUGACUACCAGGACACCGGAAAAAUUUAAAUAUGAUAAUUAGCAUUUUAUUUCAGUACUUUUAGUGUGUUUAAAGAAUAUCAGGUCCGAUCGACUAAGGCAUCUUUGCCACAAUACGGACAUGGCAAGCUUCAUCCUAGUGACCAAAUGUUGCAGCCGCAAAGGUACUGGUUUUUGGUAUUUGUGAUUACGUUGAAGGAAUUCUUAACGAAAACAAAAACUCUCACCACAGAUAAGGCCUUGAUAACAUUUUGAUUGCAAUUCUGUACUCAGCUGCUCUUCCAUGCUGAUCAAGUUGGUGCAGUAGUAUACAUGGAAAGUGCUGCUAGUAAUUGUAUAACUUGCAGUGUGGCAGUUGUAUUUUUGGAUGUAUAGAAAAGCAGUUUCGUCCUCGGAAAAGCCGCUGCAAAAAUAACAUUUUGAUGUCACAUAGAAAGUAAAAGGAAUCAAGAAUCUUAUAAGGGUACACUUCAGUAACUUUAGAGUAAGUGUCCCGCUAAUAUUGAAUAAGGUGGAAAGAAAAUUGAUCGCAAAAUUCAUGCUAAUAUAGGAAAAAAAUAUAGAUAGAUCUGGUCGUGACAAGGCAUCGGGGAGCAGCACAAGGCACACCUUUGGCUCCCCGCUGGAGGGUCAGUCAGUCGCCAGGCACGCCAGUGUGACCAGACUCCCACCAAAGGAAGCAAAACUGCAGAUUUAUGCAUCGUCUAAGCAACGAUUCUCAGGUCUGAUUAGGGGAGAGGAGAGAAAAGCUGCUCAGAAAGAGAAGAUGUUGCUCGUAUCGUGUUGCGGUCAAGAUAAUGAACUGAAACGGGCAUCAGUACAGUCACCAUCGGUGGAAGGUAAUCAGCCCGUGCCCAGAGUGAAGGAAAAUAGAGAAGUCAGUCGUAGCGCUACGCCGCCCAAGACAAGGAAGAGUUGCGUUGAAUGGUGCUACGUCUUCCAUCACUGGCUGGCGUCCUCCCGCGUCCUGGUGCACACGUUCUGCCCGGACAGACGCGUCCCUGCAUACGUCUUGCAUUCGCCUACUCACCUCUGCCAACCAUGGGUCUGGCUGAGCGGUGCGGAAAGGAAAUGUUUUCAGCCAUCCGGAAGGACAAGGCGAAGCAAGAGAACGCCUGCUUGGGCUUGGGUGUGGAUGGCCUCAGCAAUUCUGGCGUGGUGCUGCCCUACACUGGCAGAGCCCGGAGGCUGCCCUGUCGACGCCGCGCCGCCCAACAAAACCUGCUCUAGCUUGUACUUAGACGCUACCAACCUGCGUGACCUGUGCUCUUGCGUCAAGGUGUCCGGUUGUCUGCGCAUCUCAUUCAUCACUUCGGAAAAUGCAAGCGUGAAUCAGUACCUGCAGAGUUUCUCGUUCCCGCACCUUCUGGAGAUCACCGACUACCUUCUGGUGUACGACGUGUCGGGACUCACCUCCCUCGGCACGCUCUUCCCCAAUCUCUCUGUCAUCAGAGGUGAGAUACUUUUCUUUAACUACGCCCUUGUUAUCUGCGCCUUGCCUCACCUGGAGGAGGUGGGGCUGUACUCCCUGACGACGGUGGUGCGGGGCUCCGUCUGGGUGAAGGACAACCCUCGCCUUUGUUAUGUUCACACCGUUGACUGGGACAGCAUCACCCUCCACCGCCUGGACCAGAACGUUAUCAAGAAUAAUAGGCCACGGUCUGAGUGUGAGCCGUGCCCGGAACACUGUCGCGGCACUCGGCGGUGUGACAGGGUGAGGUGCUGGAGUAAAGCACGCUGCCAGAUCUUGUGCUCCGAGGGAUGCCAGGGACAAUGUGUUGCCGGGCAGGCCAACACCUCCGACACCAACUCCACCGCCGCCAGUGCUACCUGCGACACCCCAACCUGUGUACCCCACACCCUCCACGCAGCCUGUCUCCACCACUCCAUCCAGAUGCAGAAGGAACCCUUGGCUGUGUUGCCUGAGGCUGGCGAGCUGGAGGGUCAGUGCAGGGAAGGAAGAGGAAAAAGCGCACCAACUUUCAAAACAUUCAAAGGGAGACAACGGUGUGAGUGUGAGGAAGGAGGAAGCCCCAACCUCUGUGGCUCCCCGGUGGUGCGGAGUGUCAGCCAGGCUCAGUGUCUCACGCACUGCUGUUCACUUGGGAACCUCACCAUCCACUACACCGGCGGGGGAAUGAUUGACGGUGAACUUCAAAGGUACUUGAGAAACGUCGAGGAAAUCCGUGGAUAUCUUAAGAUCAUAAAUACAAACAUAUCAUCUGCCAAUAUUCUGCCCAAUCUUCGAAAAAUAGGAGGGGAACAUAAAGUUUACGGAAAGUUUUCGCUGGUAAUGCUGGACAACCCGCUGCUACAAAGCCUCGACUCCUGGAUCCAAAACCUCACCAUUAAGUCCGGGGGAAUGUUUUUCCAGAGCAACCCAAGACUCUGCACGGCACACAUUCGCCAUCUGACAGACACGCUCAUCAACACCGCGGUUGUCAUCUCCGCCACCAAUGGGCAGGAAAUGCUGUGUCAGGAGGAAACGCUGAAGGCCACUGCUCGCCCCUCACCACUUUACGGAGAACUUGCAGUCUUCGUGGAGUCCUCCACCGCCACACGCAACACCACUUACUAUGUCAGCUACAGGGAGGCGCGAGGCAACACCAGCGUCUCUUUCCGCCGUGACUCCUGCGUCAGUGAUCUCCUGUGGACAGUGGUGGAGGUGUCUCGUCCCGUGGCUGGAGGGAAGCAGCGUCUAGUGGUGCUCAAGGGCUUGUCCCCUGCCACGCGCUAUGCUUUGUACGUCAGCACUGUCAGGGCCAGGUCCAGUAUCAUCACAGCAACCACCACACUCUUUAACCUCAGUCAACCCGGCCAAGUGGAGUGGAGACCCCUCAACGAGAGUUCCCUUCAGGUGUGGUGGACGCCCCCGCCUCUCCCUCAGAACGUGACAGUACAUCAGUACUUGGUGACCGUUCUGCUGCGUCCCGCGCCAAGAUCUUCACUUUCCUUGGAAUCUUCACGCGGUUAUGGAAGCGUAUCAGAGAGACAAGAAUCAACCACUAAGGCACAAGAAAUAGACAACGAGGAGGUUUGUGCCGUGCCUUCCGAACCUGGCUGCUGCAGCUGUGAGACGCCGCGCCCUCAGGAGCUCACACCACAAACAUCAUCCACUCUGGACCACUUUGAGGAAUACCUCGCUAACAGCGUAAGCAUCAGCGUGCCGCAGAGUGAGGCUUCACUACCAAUACAGAUCAACUCUCUGCUCAAUAACAGCGACACCAGCGAGGAGGACAUGUUACAGUACAGUUCUGUCCUCAGCCAAUGGCUGCCAUGGGGCGCACGGCGCUCCCGGGUCGUGCCUGUCGAUAAAGACUACUUCAUCAGUGCCGACACUCCUGAAAGGCACAAAAUCAGAGAAAAAGGAGAGCGAGUCCCUGGCCACUACGUGGAGCACCGCGACGCGACGCCCAGGAAAGAUGCUAACGUGAUGCACUUGGAGACGUCUGACACCAGCAUCACGCUCCACCACCUGCGCCACUUCUCUCUCUACACUGUGGCCGUCACCGCCUGCCUCCAACCUGCUCCUUGCAUCAGAACACCAUUGUCUGUCGACCCUAAUAGCAACUUCAGCAUCAGUGAGCCAGUUAAAUGCAAGUUGUGCUCCACCGUCCCUGCAGUCGUCACCGCCUUCACUGACGCCAGCCAUGCUGCCGAUAUUGUACCGGAUAAUUCGCUAAGAGUCUUCCAGAGCAACACUUCCUCCUCACUGGUUAUGUCGUGGCUUCCCCCUUCUUUCGUCAAUGGUAGAAUCCUGUAUUACUUCCUGCGGUGCACCGGGCCACAUGGCGAGCCCUAUGAGAGAAUCGUCAGUCCUGCCAACAGGGAACAGCAUGAGGAACGCCUGAGCUUUUCUCUCAAUGACUUGGAGGCAGGAAACUACUCGUGUAAACUUGCUGCCAGAUCUCUUAAAGGAUACGGGAAUUUCACACAGCCUAUUUCAUUCAUUGUCAUGAGCAGCAGUUCCCCCGGAGAAAAUGACAGGUGGGUGCUGUGGACUGCCCUGGUGGGCACCGCGGCGUCACUGGUGGUGGUGGCUGUUGUGGUGCCUCUUUGGUGGUGGCGGUGGCGGCGGUUGCGGACCAACACCGUGCCCGACAAACUGGAAGACGAGCUCCUCUCUCCUCUUUACAAAGACGGGUUUGCUCCCUGCGAGAGGUUUCACGAAAAGUUUAUCUUGAACCGAGGUGAUCUCGUUUUCCUGGAAAACUUACCGCCGCUGGGAAGUGGCGCCUACGGCCUGGUGUUGGCGGGAGAGCUGCAGAAAGGUGGCCACGUCACGAGAGUAGCAGUGAAGACUCACUCAAACUUCAAGUCAAUAGAAGGGAUCAAACAGUUUCAGAAAGAGGCCGAAAUCAUGCAACACUUGGAUUGCCAUCACAUCGUGCAGCUGUUGGGCGUGAUUGCAGACUUCACACCCGUGUACUUAGUGAUGGAACUCAUGGAGGGGGGCGACCUGAAGACCUACCUGCAGCAAUACGAGAAAUGUGUUACGGACCAGACUGUACUGGAGAUGGCGGUACAAGCAGCGGACGGCAUGGCGUACCUUGAGUGCAAGCGAGUGGUACACCGAGAUCUGGCCGCCAGAAACUGCUUCCUGGAUCGCAGCCUCACCCUCAAGAUUGGAGAUUUCGGUCGCGCCAGGAACCUUGAGUCAGAAUCAAACUACCUUGCAAUGAAAGAGCUGGAGACUCCCGUUCGUUGGAUGUCGCCUGAGAGUCUGAUGGGCAAGCACAGCACCAAGAGCGACGUUUGGUCAUACGGCGUGCUGUUGUGGGAGAUGGUAACGCGAGGUAGUCGGCCAUACGAGCAUAACAGUUGUACAGAAGUGAAGUUGUUAGUGACGGAGAUGAAGAAACACCUAGACCUGCCCAGUCCCUGCCCACCUCCCCUCGCUGCCGUGAUGGUCUGCGCCUGGUCUCACUGUCCUUCGCACCGGCCCACAUUUAGGGCCAUCACGGAUUUUUUGCUCCAGUACGUGAGUCCUGAGUUCCAGAAGAGGGUACAAGAAGUCUCCUUCGUCCACGAUUUACAGACAGAAGCAGCCAGUGACGAGGACGAGUUUCACCUCCAGCAGCUCAUCAACGCUAACCCCAGCACCAACACUAGCACCAGUGACGAAGACUCACCUCAAUGGAAUCCAGCUGACCACUCUUGGUCGGCCACAUCUCCCUGCCGUUCUGUCUGGCCGCGGCAAUCAAUCUACAUGCCGUGCACGGAGGCGUCUGUCUCUCCCCAGAAACGUCAAAUCCACACAAACACAGAUGAUAACUCAGGCCCCGAGUUUUGCCACCGAGUUCAGAGUUUCUGUAGGCGAGAUACUACUCCGGUUAGCUCUAAUGUCCACACCAGCUAUCUCUCUCAAGAAACGUCGCACACGUGGCAGCCAGGCACACUGAACGUUGUCUCAGGAACAUGCCAGCACGGGAGGGGUUCUCUUGUACAAUACAGAAAUACUGACGAGGUAACACUUACUUCAUUACCACAAACUUCUCGAGGCGGUGCCUCAAAGUCUUCACUCAGGAGCGCUGCAUCUAAUGACAGUUCGCCAUCAGUCGUCACUCAUUCCGUCCCCCCUGUUUCUUCAGCACCACACACAGCUUCCUGUUAUUCCUCCUCGCCCUCAACAACUUCACGUUCGUUGUAUUAUUCUUCCCUCCUUCCUUCCUCCUCUGGCAGCACUGCCCCUGAGUCUUCUAGCACUUUCCUCACACCACCAGCCUCUCUAUUGAUACCCCUCCAUACUUUGCAUGACACGCAGUUAGGUGCACCCCUACCUCAUGACUCCACCUGUGAGCUACAUGCUUCGCCACCACUCCGUCGUGCUGCAGCCAUGUCCUCCACACUCGCGCGUGCCUUCCCACGCCUCUCCGAUGCAUCCGUCCACUCGUCUGUGCAUCUCGCUGCAGGAAAUCUCCCUCGUCGACCUCCUACCGUUUUCUCACGUUGUAUUGCUGAUAUUCGCUUACCAAAAAAACUCAGCCUAAAAUCAAUAACCCUGGCCCAAUCGAAUCCCAGUCUGGCCGCUAGCGAGCCGCUACUGUCCCACCAUGAAGCACCCAUCGGAUCUCAUUCGGCUUCACCCUCCAUCAGUCACUUACCUGUCACCCCGUUAUCAGAUUCCAACACAUCACUCUUAUCAACUAGACCUUUAUCCAUUAUGAACUCCUUUGCCAUCAAACUGUCACAUUCUGAAGACCAAAAAUAUUCAACCAUUCUUCCAGUAGCUUGUUAUUCCCCUGAAACAGCUUCAGCUGUUUCAGCACGUCCCAUUCCGGGCAGCGCACCACCCACCCUCCUCCUUACCAGGAAGACGCAAGUCUUUAGUGCUACAAGUGACCUUGGCACCGGUUGUCACCACCGCAGCCGCCGCUACACCUCUCUCACCGAAGAUGGCGGGGAGCGGCAGUGACCGACGCGGCUGCAUCUCCGCAUCACUUGGUGUGGAUACUCGUUUGUGUCGUUGUUGUCAUCACUGUCAGUUGUUCACUCAUAGCAUAAGCGGUGUGUGUAUGUGUGUGUGUGUGUGUGUGUGUGUGUGUCU